AUUUUUUCAUAAGAUUAAUAUUUUUUGUGUUCCUUUUAUAAUUGGAUUGUAACAAAUUUUGAACUAGCCAUGUCGGUUUCUAUAGAAGAUUUUGAAUACAUUAUAAAUAGACCGCCGGUAGGAAAAGUUGCUUUUGGAACAACUAUGGACCGUGAGGUAUUGCCAGUGAAAGGAAAAUUCCUAACUUCAUUUAUGCGGCGUAAUAUAGGUGAAGUGCGCAAUCAUCCCGCACCAGGUACAUACAAUCCAAAACUUCCACUUCGAAAUCCAUUUCCAUCCACUAAAGGGUGGUCAGUUUUUUUGCGAUUAAAUUUAAGAUUUGCGGAAGAAAAACCUUCACCAUAUCCUUCAAUAGGAUAUUAUGAUGUGGAAAAAGUAGUAGAAAUAAAACCACCACGGAAUCCAUUUAAUUGCCCACAUGAAGACAAAAAAGAUGCUUACUUUCCAAAAGGAUCGCGAGCUUUCGAAGUCGGUCAUUAUCAAAUUGAGAAUCCAAUUAAGAAGCCAAUGAUAAGAACUCACUUUCGAACAUGCCGUGAAAUUAGACCAGCUAUAAUAACAGUCUGUAAAACCAAAAAUAAAGCUAAAUGUUACAUAUGUGAUACGACACCUGUUGGUGAUUAUUUUUGUGACUUUGAUCAAAAACUUGAUGUGUGCCGUAAAUGUAUGAAAAAGAAAGUUGAAGAAACAAAGAGCUGUUUACUGGAUUUCAAGGAACGUUGGAUAAUGCAGGGUGACCUGGAACGUUUUAAACAGUGUCGGUACUGUGAUAUUAUACAUAAUCACAACAAUACCAAGGCUUCAAUUAAACUUAUGACUAAAAGAGAAUGGGAAAGAAAAAUUCGUAUAGAAAAUUAUUUAUAUCCUUACAUGAUAAACACACCUAUUCAAUAUAGGGAACCACAAUGAAAACAAUUUCUCUAUAUUAUUGUACUAUUGGUGGCUUUAAAUUAAUUCUCGCAAUUUAUUAUAAGAUUUUAUUUUAUAAACUAGUAACUCUUUUA